AUGUUCGCUUCCCUCUUCGUCACGGUCGCCCUCGCCCUCUUCGGCUGUGUCAGCGCUGCUCCGCAGAAGCGUGCUCUCGCCCAAGUCUACAGUAAAUGCACCGUCCCCAAUACUGUAGCUCUUACCUUUGAUGAUGGCCCCUAUGUCUGGCUCUACGAUAUCAGCAAAGCCCUCAUCGCUGCCGGUGGAAAAGGUACUUUCUUCUUCAACGGCAACAACUACGGCUGCAUCUACGAUGAUGCUAAUAUCAAGCGUGUCAAGUAUGCCUACGACAAAGGGCAUCAGGUCGCCUCUCACACCUGGGGCCACAAAGAUCUCACAACCCUCACCUGGGAUCAGAUCCACGAUGAGAUGUGGAGAGUCGAACUGGCCCUCCAGCGUAUCUGUGGUGUGCAACCCGCCUUCAUGCGCCCACCCUUCGGCAACUACAAUAACCUUGUUCGUGAGGCCUCCUCUGUUCGUGGCCAGAGCCUCGCGAUCUGGGACUUCGACUCCGGUGACUCUCUUGGCGUCUCUGCUCAAGAGAGCAAGAACAGAUACGACACCGUUGUCAGACAGCACCCCAGCAACAUCCUCGCUCUGAACCACGAAACCAUCGUCACCACCUCGCAACAAGUCAUCCCUUACGCCAUCCAGAAAUUGCAAGCCGCUGGGUACAGACUAGUCACACUUGCUGAGUGCCUUGGUCAACAACCAUACCAAUGGGUGGGCACACCGCAAACCAAGGACUCGAGCUGGACAGUGUUAAAGGCUCGAUGCGCCCCCUCACCCUUCAUCUUGGACAAUCUCGAACAUUUUGGCUUACGCCCAUGCCUCUUUGGGACGUUCGCACACCUCUACAUUAAUCAGACUCAUAUCGGACUUCCUCUCACCUCUGACAUUCGCUUCGACUUAUUUGCUUACUUAUUACGCAAAGUUUGGUAG